CCAUUGAAAAAAGAACUUCGAAAUAAUCAUGGUGGAUGCUGCGACUAGGAAAACAUUAAGUAACAUACCGUUACUUAAAACAAAGGCAGGUCCAAGGGAUAAAGAUCUCUGGCCGUCAAGACUGAAGGAGGAAUAUCAAGCAUUAAUUCAGUAUGUAAAUAACAACAAGGAGUCCGAUAAUGACUGGUUUCGUCUUGAAUCUAACAAGGAUGGUACUCGAUGGUUUGGUAAAUGCUGGUACAUUCAUGAACUUCUCAAAUAUGAGUUCGACAUAGAAUUUGAUAUUCCAGUGACGUAUCCUCAAACCGCUCCAGAACUUGCACUCCCAGAGUUAGACGGAAAAACAGCCAAGAUGUACAGAGGGGGUAAAAUCUGCUUAACUGAUCAUUUUAAGCCCCUCUGGGCGAAGAAUGUCCCAAAGUUUGGCAUUGGCCAUGCCAUGGCACUCGGGCUUGGUCCCUGGCUAGCCGUUGAAAUCCCAGAUCUGAUCAGUAAACAGGUGAUAUCUUACAAGGAGAAGACGGAAGAGGCAGCCAGUAAAUGAGGUCACUUAGAAGUCUUAGGAUAUUACUCAAAUAAUACUUAGUUUUAAAUUAUUACAGUUCCUCAUAAAGUUUUUAACGUCAAAUAUAUCUACUAACGAAAAUGAGGUGGGGAGCCAGUCAUGAAUUGGUUGUGAUGUAGUGUCCAGUUUUCCCCGACAUAAUCGCUCCUCGACAUCUCAAAAAGGCUACCACCUUUUGUAAUGAAGUUUUUGCAGUUCAUUUUGCUGUAUAUGUCUCAAUUAUGCAGAAUUUAAACGGUUAAAAGUAUACUUUAACUUUAAGGGUUGUGUCACACAAGGCAAUUUACAGGCAACCAGUUCCAGGCAAUCUCCAAGAAGAGAAUUCAUUCGAACAUCACAUAUUUUUUUGGGAGGAUCAUAAGACAUUGUUUGAAAUAUUACUUAUGUGCUACCAAAGUGGUCCUGUAGCAUACACUGCAUUUAGUUGCCUCCAAGUUGCCUGCAAAAGUUGCCAAUGUGACAUGGGCCUAAGGGUCAAAACUGAACAAAAUCAUUCCAGAAUAAUAAAUGCAGCUCACUCUUAAAGAAUGUUAAUGUUUCAUUCCAGGUAUUAAACCUGCUUUAUUACAUUUCUGGCUGUGAAACUUUUCUGUUAAGAAUACAAUGUAUAUUUCAUGGUAAAAUAAAAUAUAAACAGCAAAUCA